AUGGCCAAACUACUGCAAUCUCCACCCAAGUUCCUCCCCGCGGAGUGGUAUAUUGCUAACAAAAACCAGUACCACAGAGCAGAGGCCCAAAGGUCCCGAUCUGAACGCCUGGUGGCAGAGAGCCAGAGGCUUGUGGAAGAAAUUGAGAAGACCACCAGGAAGUCUCAGAGUGAUGUGAACAAGAAACUUGAGCAGAGACUCGAGGAGGUCAAGUUCUGGAAGAAGGAAUUAGAUGACAAGCUUGAACAACUCGUCUACCAGACAGAUGAUCUGCUCACAUACAAGAUUCGCCUGGAGAGAUCCUUGGAGAGUUUCAAGGAGCCCCUGCACAUCACAGAGAAGUGCCUGGCCUACAGGGAGAAGCGCGUGGGCAUCGAUCUGGUGCACGAUGUGGUGGAGCAGGAGCUGCAGAAGGAGGCCGAUAUCAUCCACGGAGUCAUGAACCUGCUUAAGCGCACUGUGGAGGAGUCAACAGAACAGAUCAGGCUGAACCGCUCUGCCAAGUACAAUCUGGAAAAGGAUUUGAAGGAUAAGUUCACGGCCAUAACUAUCGACGACGUCUGCUUCUCACUCAACAAUAACUCACCAGAUAUCAAAUAUUCUGAGAAUGUGGUGAGAAUCGAGCCCAACUCAGUGAGUCUGGAGGACUGGCUCGACUUCUCCAAUGCCAAUGUGGAGAAGGCAGACAAGCAGCUGAACAAUUCAAUGGCUCUGAAGACCCUGGUGGACCAAAUCCUGUCCCAGACAGCCAAUGACCUGCGCAGACAGUGCGAAGUGGUAGACACGGCAUUCGUAAAUGGGCUGAAGGAGACCAAGGAUGCUAGGAACAAGCUGGCUGACCAUCUGGCCAAGGUUAUGGAAGAAAUCUCUUCCCAGGAAAAAAACAUUGUGGUUCUUGAAAAUGCCAUCACACAGCAAGAAGGGCCGGCUAAGGUAGCACACACGCGCCUGGAGACCAGGACGCACCGGCCGAACGUGGAGCUGUGUCGAGAUGUCGCGCAGUAUCGGCUGAUCAAGGAGCUUCAGGAGAUCCACCACAACGUAGCCAGAUUAAAGGAAACCUUGGCCCAGGCUCAGACGCAGCUGAAGGCUCUGUACCGCAGGCAGCUGGCGCUGCAGGAGGAAAUCCAGGUUAAGGAGAACACCAUCUAUAUCGACCAGGUGCUGUGUAUGGAGAUGAGGAAGUCCAUCCCGCCCCGAGACGGCGAUGACCAUGGGUCCUGGGAGGGGGGCAUCCGCGCAGAGGCCAUCUGCUGACAGGCGCCAUUCAGAGUCUUA